UAAAUGCGCUUUAUUCAUUUCCAGUUUGAGCAUUUAUAACGUUAGACGUGUUCGACGUAAAAGGCACAGGCGCGUGCCAGCUUUCCAUUAUUGAGUAACGUUAGUGUUAAGUUAGCUGUCGUUGCUAGCUAAGUGGCUAACAACAGAAUAUGUGGACAGACGGAGUCCCCACACAGGGUGCAUUUUGGACCACUGAAGGAAACCUCACUUCAUUGUGCCCUAAUGGAUCCAAAUGGGUUUGGGAAGGGCUUGGGGAAUGUGCCCAGGAUGCGAGGGAUAUGGCCAGCGUCUACUUAGGCCUCCUGUCCAUCUUCUGCUUCAUGGUGUCUUCAAUGCCGCAAUACUACAGCUCAUGCAGAACAGGGAAUAUGCACAACGCCCUUUCUAUUUGGUUUCUGCUGAUGUGGUUGGGGGGUGACACUUGCAACCUGGUGGGCUCCUUCUUGGCAGACCAGCUUCCACUUCAGACAUAUACUGCCAUUUAUUACGUUUUAGCUGACUUGGUGAUGCUGGCCAUGUACUUUUACUACAAGAUAAAGAACAGAAUGGUUGAAAGCAGGAUGGUUUUAUAUGUGGUGGGUGUGGCCUGUGUCCUGGGCUUCACCACAAGCCUCGCUCAACUCCCCGGGUUAGGCACCCAACAGGAAAUGAUUCCCUCUGGUUUCAGAAGUCGUGCCUUGCUCUCAACCUCCAAAGGUAGCUCUAUCAAGGCUUUUACCACAAAAGAGAUUAUUGGUUUCUCCAUCGGCUCAGUGUCGUCCGUGCUGUACCUCUGUUCCAGACUUCCCCAGAUGUAUACUAAUUUCAAAAGGAAGUCGACAGAGGGAGUGUCUUACUUUCUGUUUGCACUGGUCAUCCUGGGAAACACCACAUAUGGCCUAAGUGUCCUACUGAAGAACCCUGAUGAAGGCCAGAGCGAGAUAAGCUACCUUGUCCAUCACUUGCCAUGGCUCAUCGGCAGCCUCGGCACCCUCUGCUUAGACCUUAUGAUCUCCAUUCAGUUCAUAAUUUACCGCAAAUCUCCGGUGGAUGUGGGCAUCGGCCAUGAUGAGACAGCGCCUCUGAUGGGGAGCUAAAUCAGCAACUGAACUGGUGGGACAGUCAGUGAACCCUCCAUAUCACAUUUUUAACAACAUCAGGACAAACCAUCAUGCAUUUUAGUUAAAUGUUAUAGUUGUAUUUAUGCUCUUUUUUUAAUGUUUACAAUGUGCUUUCAUCUGGAAAAGUACUGUGGCACAUGAAUUUCUUCACGUGGGUUCAGCUGCGAUGUGAUUUACACUGCUCUUAAUGUUCGUGGUUCAAAGGGACGAUUGAGGGUUUAAGGUAUGACACAUGGAUGUUAACUCCUGCCGACCUGAACUCCUUCUCCUGAUUUUAGGUCCCAUCCUCAGUUUGAUGGCAGACCUCAUAUAGAUGUCAGAAACCUGCUGGUGAGGGUGAGCGGACCGCAGAAAGGUUUCUCUGAAAUGAUUACAGAGUUUUUUGCCAAAAACUUAUGACAAGUCAUGACACUGACCACUGCAUGAAGGCCUGUCUGAUCUUGUUUACAGUAUUUCAUGUAACUUGAAUCUUGAAUCAGUGAUGUGUCUGUGUGUCAAAGAAGAAAUGUUUUGCAAAAUAGUGUGAAUUGUAUUUUGUAAAGUUUUAAUUGAUGUUUACAGCAAGGGUCAUAAUUAAAAAGCAAACUUACACAGGUGUUCUCUACCAUGUUUAAUUUACACAUUUUUAUUUUCUCUCUCUUUAUGUUUUGCACAUCUAUAGUUUGUUUUGUACUUGUAUUAAAUAUUUUCAGUGGGUUGGUGUAAUGUAAAGUUAAUAAAUACUUUUCUAUAUUCCUUU